AUGUGUGGAAUUCUUGGACUAAUACUUGGUGACAUUGACGAGCUCUCUGCCACGACAGCCGCCGCAGACUUACAUGACGCGUUAUAUUAUCUCCAACAUCGAGGCCAAGACGCCUGUGGGAUAGCAACAUGUGCUUCCGGAGGUCGUAUAUAUCAGUGUAAAGGAAACGGAAUGGCUGCAAAAGUAUUUAACGAUGGCUCCCGAGUACAAGAUUUACCUGGAUUUAUGGGGCUUGGACAUUUAAGAUAUCCAACAGCUGGAAGCAGUGCAAGCGCCGAGGCGCAGCCAUUUUACGUGAACAGCCCAUACGGAAUUACAUUUGCGCACAAUGGGAAUCUAAUAAACGCGGAUGAUUUACGAAAAUAUUUAGAUAGGGACGCCCACCGUCACAUCAACACUGAGAGCGACAGUGAACUAAUGCUCAAUAUAUUUGCGAAUGAGCUCAACGAAACUGGAAAAGCUCGUGUCAAUGAGGAAGACCUCUUUAGUAGUCUCGAAAGAAUGUAUGGUAAGUGCAUUGGAGGAUGGGCUUGUACAGCCAUGCUUGCGGGCUUCGGCAUUCUUGGAUUUCGCGAUCCAUAUGGCAUUCGACCCCUAGCUUUAGGAUCCCGGAAAUCUCUUACUCAUCCUGGAACUAUAGACUACAUGAUGGCAUCCGAAUCAGUUGCGCUAAGACAGCUAGGAUUUGGCGAGAUUGUUGAUAUACUCCCUGGUCAAGCUGUAAUUAUUCGAAAGGGAUGUAUUCCUUCAUAUCGACAGGUCGUUCCCCAGAUUUCAUACUCACCUGAUAUUUUUGAAUAUGUCUACUUCGCCAGGCCAGAUACAAUAAUUGAUGGAAUUAGCGUUCACAAAAGUCGUGUCAACAUGGGUUACAAAUUAGCCAACACGAUAAUUGAAACACUCGGAAUAGAUGCUGUAAAUGACAUAGAUGUCGUCAUCCCUAUUCCCGAGACAUCAAACACUUCUGCUGCAUCUCUUUCCGAACGUCUAAAGAUACCAUACUGUCAAGGGUUUGUCAAAAAUAGAUAUGUGUUCCGAACGUUCAUAAUGCCGGGUCAAGGUACUCGGCAAAAGUCUGUUCGUCGUAAACUCAGCGCAAUUCCAUCCGAGUUUGCGGGACGUACCGUGCUGCUUGUUGAUGACAGUAUUGUACGUGGUACAACCAGUCGUGAGAUAGUUAGCAUGGCUCGCGAAGCUGGUGCUAAGAAAGUCAUUCUAGCCUCAAGUGCCCCGCCGAUAACGCAUGCCCAUAUUUACGGCAUUGACCUUGCCUCACCACUCGAGCUAGUUGCGCACAAUAGAGAUCGUAAAGCAAUAGCUGAACAUAUUGGUGCAGAGGAGGUUAUAUACCAGUCACUUGAAGACCUUAAAGCCGCUUGCGCAGAGUUGUCGCCCCGAGGUCUUGAGCAAACCUUCGAGGUUGGGGUGUUUUGCGGGAAGUACGUCACACCUGUCAAUUCUGGCUAUUUGGAACAACUUGAACGCCUUAGAGGCCGCAGUGGGAGAAGCGAUCCUAAAUUAACCUGCUCUGGCCACACCACUAAUUGCGCUGAAGUAGAUCCCAGCCACUCAGGGGGGACAACUGAAUGCCAUGAACCGAUUUGUGCAAACGAUUAUACUAACCGUAAGAGAGGAAGAGCUGAGUCAGAGACACCAUCUGUACGAGACAGACAAGAUAUUAGUUUGCAUAAUUUUGCGACUGAGCCCGAAAGAGGGUAUACAUAG